CUAGAGAAUGUUUUACUAAUACUAAUAUUGUUUUUUUCCUACUAAUUGUUUUACCCAUAAGAGCCAGUAAGCAAGAUGAAGGUGAAAAGGACCAUGCUGGGCAUGGUUGUCUUCUUUCUUCUCUCUGUGGUCAUGACUUGCUGCUUCAUUUGGCAGUAUCGAAUGCCAAAGCUGAACACAGAAGAGGUUGGAAAACAAGAGGCAGUAGAGGAGAUGUGCCCCCUCUUCCCUGAGCCUGUGCCUCUGGCACAUCCCAUCACAUCGCUGAAAGUGGCCUUAGAAGGGAUAGAUCUACUCCUGAGGUCAAGCAUUCAAACCACUAAGCUGCCAGCAAUAUCAGCAAUUGUGGUUUUGAAUGACUCUGUUUUGUGGAACGGGAACUUUGGCAAGAAGAACAUAAGUGACCCCUCCUCCACUGCACCCAAUGAGUACACAGUGUACAGAAUUGCAAGCCUCUCUAAAAUAUUCCCCACACUGAUGCUGUACAAACUGUGGGAGGACGGCCUGGUGGACUCUCUCGACGACCCUUUGGACAAAUACGCAGAAAACUUUACCAUCAAGGACCCUCUUUGGAAAGGUGGGGGGGCAGUAUCCUCAUCAGUCAGGACCCUCAGGAGCCACUCUCCUGGACUCACCCUCCGCAGGAUGGCUGGCCAGCUCUCUGGUUUACCCAGAAGAUUACGCUCAACUAAUCUUCUUUGGAGUGGAGACACAGAAGCAGCCCUCAACUUGUUACAGGAUGAUGUUCUUGUGGCUGAUCCAGGUACCAAAUGCCACUACAGUAAUGUUGCUUUUUCCUUAUUGGCCAAUAUCCUGGCCAAGAGGGUGACCGGCUCAGACUUUGAGAGUUGGGUGUCCGACAACGUUCUCGAGCGGCUCAGCAUGGAGGACACUGGUUUCAACUUAAAUCCUGCCAUUCAGAGGCAGAUGGCUGUGGGUGUGUACAGCAAUGGCCAGCCCGCUCCCCUUUACAACCUUGGCUGGUACCGACCUGCAGGCCAGAUGUAUUCCACAGCAGCGGAUAUGGCUAAGCUCAUGACAGCUCUACUGGGUGGAUAUGGCGGGAUCCUGCUCCGCCAGGACACCUUGAACACCAUGCUGACCCCGCUCUUCCGAUGCCACAGCGGCUACUUUGCCAACUCCACCGGCACACCUUGGGAGAUCAACGAGCAGUUUGGCUACGAUGUGGUGAGGAAGGAUGGAGACCUGGAUGGUUAUGCUGCCACCCUUUCCUUGGUGCCACGGCUCAAACUAGGACUGGUGGUCCUGAUGGCUGGGGUUCGGCCUGCGGACCAGGACCUCGUGAGCCAGGCAUACAGCUAUCUCAUCCCUGCAAUGGAAAGCGCUUUCAGAAACGCUCGACGAACUCUCAGACCGCCCCCCAACCCAGUUCCAUAUGUGGGUUUUUUCACGUACAGGAAUAUGACCUUCUAUGAGAUUACGGUGGAUUCAGAUGCAGUGCUGGUCAUGCAGCAGUUUGGACCGCAGGUGGACUCGAGUGUCCCCUCCAAGUACCGAACGAUUCGGCUGGAUUACCUACAGGACAGGGUGUUCAGGGUGGUGUUUGAGAGCCCAUACCCUUGCAAGCUGAAGGUUAACAGCGCUUCUGUCUCCCUGGAGGCACAGGACAAACAGCUCUUCAACUUUUACCCAUUUAACAAGAAGGGUGUGUCGCCAGGGUUUGAUUCCCCAGGACUCAACACUUACAAGGUCACUAGGAUUGCUGGUCGUCCAUACUUCACUUCAUAAAGAAAGGAACGACCGCGUGAUGGAGGGUGUCAUCAAGGACAAAUGCCGUUGGAAGCAUGAUGUGGUAAAAGAUUGGUGGUUUCAAGUGUUGUGUCACUUGCUUCGGGUAAUAUGGUUAAUCUGAAAUAGUAUAAAGAGAAGUGUCCACAUUCAUCUUCAAACAAGCACAAGCCAAGCAAUACUAAAGACAGCUGUACGUGGUUGCUCAUUGGACGAUGUGAAAAGUAUUCCCCUUCAAGUGCCUACAGUGUGAACUAGAAAGAGACAAAGCACAAAUGAUUGAAAUGUGAAGUGGUCAAAUUUUUCAAGAUUUAUAUUCACCAUGUAAGUGCGUCAAAGUAAUAAAGAGAUAAAUAAAGAGGUUACAAAAAUGCUAAAUAAAACUUUUCAUAGAAAUGUUUGUUGAGGAUAGACCUCCCUUUGAUGUAGUAUUCACAAAAGA